AUGCCGAUCAUCGACGACAAGGAGCGCGGUCCGAACGGAGACCAACGCGGUCGGGGCGGGAUAGCGCACCACUGCCAUGAGUGCCGGGGCGCCGAGAAAGAGUCCUGUUGGUACAACGGGCAUCUGGCGCUAUGCGAAGUGGAGGACUGCCGUAAGCGGUUCAACGCGAGAUGGGGCUGUGUCAAGCACCGGUACCGUGAGGCGUUUAACCUCCGGGCCAAAGCUCAGUUCUUUGGAGAAGACUACGAAGAACUGGAGAAAAAGUUCGCAUGGAUGAAGGUGCGAUCGACCGAGACUCAGGAAGGCGAUCCAUCUGGAAGCGAUACUCCGGUGAACGGCGACGAGAAUGCGGCCGAGAAGAAUAACGAGGAGACGAGACUCGACCCGUCAAAGGAGGCCGAGCCGAAGACAAAGACACCCGUCUCGGUCAAGACAAGAGAGCUUACCCCCCAGCAAAGUACAAAGCUGGGGAGGAAGUACAAGGAACGAUCACCGUCUCCAGACCCGGAAGAGGCUCCGAGAGAGGAGCCAAAGACCAACGCCAAGACGCGGAAAAGAGAAAAGUUUGCUGCGCUGAUGGAGAAGAAAAUGGGGAAGCACGCAGGUGGUUCCAAGAAGCCUGGACGCGUAAGAUAG